AUGGCCAGCCAGAAGCUUGCCCAGGGCAGUGGGCACUGUGUUAGCAGGCUCUUUGGUCAUGUCCAAGACCUCUGUAUCCAGUUCAAGCCUCAGAGGCAUAGCCUGGACUUCAGAUGUCUCAGUGGCAGUUUCUCCCAGCACCUGACCUCCAGCAGCCACACCACAGGCAUUCCCACAGGUCCUGAGAGACGCAGGGAGGAUUCAUCCUGCUGCACAGCACUCAGAAUCACACCACUCUCAGCCUUCCAGAUCCUCAAGAAAUCCAUGAUGGAUAGACGCCACAGCACCAUGGCAGCAACUGCUCCAGGCAAUAAUGUCAUGGCUACCCCAAGCCAGGUAGGAAGACCUCAGCAGAGCUGUCCUUCGCAGGACCCUGUGGUCAGGAAGAAGGAUAGAUCAUUGUCUUUUGCUGCCACCAUACCCAGACACAGAGACUUCCCUGCAGUGGACAGCAACCUCCUUCCACAAGGCCUCAACCUGACGUUGCCCACUGUGCUGGUCAAGCUGGUUAAGCAGGAUGCUACCUUCCCUGAGACCCACAAGCACUCCCCACGGGGCAUGGAGAGAGCAGGACCCUCUGUUGAGUCCAGGAGCCUUGGAGCCAGCAUUCACCAGCCAGCAGGAGUGGACGUGGGCCAUCUGAAUCACGCUGCAUCUGAAGAUGACUACCUGCCCAGGAGCACGGAUCCCUUCACACUGCAGGCCAUGCAGAGAACAGGUGGGAAUUCCCAUAAUGUCCGUAAUCCCAGGAACCCAGGGAGCCCUCAGUUUGGCUCUCAUAGCUGCUCACGUGAAGCCCUUCCGUCACACAAAGGUCUUGUAAGACCUGGUGAGAUCCCACCACCCUAUGUUGAGUAUCGCCUCAAGCUGGGCUGGCAAGGUCCCACUGAUGAAUGGCUCAAGCAACUGGAACUUGGGUGGGGACAGACCUUGGGGCCUCAUCCCCUUCAGGCAGAUCAUGGGGUUCCCCUGCCUGGCUCACCAGCCCCAACUGUGAUUCUGCCCAUCCCAUUCUGGACCAACUUAGCCCAUUCCACAUCUGCUCAUCAUACACUACUUCCGGGCUCUGGUCAUGUUGGCCUCCAAAAUCUAGGGAAUACGUGCUUCUUGAAUGCUGUGCUACAGUGCUUGAGCAGCACUCGGCCUCUUCGAGACUUCUGUCUACGAAGAGACUUCCAUCGAGAGGUGCCUGGAAGGGGCCAGGACCAAGAACUUACUGAAGCCUUUGCAGAUGUGAUUGGUGCCCUCUGGCACCCUAACUCCUGUGAAGCUGUGGAUCCUGCUGAAUUCCAAGCUGUCUUCCAGAAAUACAUUCCCUCCUUCUCUGGAAAUAACCAGCAGGAUGCCCAAGAGUUCCUGAAACUCCUCAUGGAGCGACUACACCUUGAACUCAACAGACAAGGUUGCCAGGCUCCACCAAUCUUGGCCCAUGAUCCAGCUCCCUGUCCGUCUCUCAGAGGAGAGACUCUGCUCAAAGAACCUGAGUUAACUGAUGAUGAUCGAGCCAACCUAAUGUGGAAGCAUUACCUGGAACGAGAGGAUAGCAAGAUUGUGGACCUGUUUGCCGGCCAGUUGAAAAGUUGUCGCAUGUGCCAGGCCUGUGGGUAUCACUCCAUGACCUUUGAGGUUUUUUUUGAUCUGUCCCUGCCCAUCCCCAAGGAAGGAUUUUCUGGGGAGAAGGUCUCUCUGUGGGAUUGUUUCAACCUUUUCACCAAGGAAGAAGAGAUAGAGUUGGAGAAUGCCCCAGUGUGUGACCGAUGUUGCCAGAAAACACAGAGUACCAAAAAGUUGACAAUACAAAGAUUCCCCUCAAUCCUCGUUCUCCAUCUGAAUCGAUUCUCCACCUCCCAAGGCACCAUCACGAAGAUUUCAGUGGAUGUAGACUUCCCACUGCAGCAGAUGAGCCUCGAGGACUUUACCAGUGACAGAACUGUGAGCCCUGUUUAUGAGCUUUAUGCCCUGUGCAACCACUCAGGCAGUGUCCACUCUGGCCACUACACAGCCCUGUGCCGAAGCCAGACUGAUUGGCAUGUCUAUGAUGACUCUUGUGUCUCGCCUAUAAGUGAAAAUCAAGUGGCAUCCAGUGAAGGCUAUGUGCUGUUCUACCAACUAAUGUAG